AUGUCGAAAAGAGUCCGCAUCUAUACUCUGGAGGAUGUUGCUGCUCACAGCUCUCCGUCGAGCUGCUGGGUCACUCGUGAUGGCAAGGUUUACGACGUGACCAAUUUCCUGCCCGACCACCCGGGAGGUGACGACCUCCUCUUGAGCUACGCCGGAAGGGACGUUGGCGCAAUCAUGAAGGACUCAAGCCAGCACGACCACUCGGAUUCAGCGUAUGACAUGCUGGACGAAUGCAUCAUUGGGAGGAUUGGCUCUGAAGCGGAUAUCGUGCGCGAGGAUUGGGAAGCUACCGAUGAUUUCGUGCCCGAAAACACGGACACUACUGCCGACUUUGAGAAGACGCAUUUCCUCGACCUUCGCCAGCCGCUUUUGCGCCAGGUGUGGGAGGCCAACUUUAGCAAGUCGUACUAUCUGCAACAGGUUCACCAACCUCGCCACACUCCUGAAUCUCCGCGUCUCUUUGGACCGGAUUACCUCGAGAUUUUUUCACGUACGGCGUGGUACGUUGUGCCGAUCGUAUGGUCGCCCAUUGCAAGCUACAUCUUUAUCCGCUCGUUGGUCCAAUUCACACUGGGCAAUGACUCCCUACCCCUGUUCAGAGAAGAUCCUCUUGCGCCGCUCAUUGCUAUUACCACGACCACCAUCCCACUCUUGUCAGUUGUGAAGACACUACUCUGUUUCUUCUUAGGAAACUUCGUGUGGACGAUCCUGGAGUACAUCUUCCACCGGUGCCUAUUCCACAUGGACUAUUACCUCCCGGAUCACCCGGCGGCAUUAACAGUGCACUUUUUGCUACAUGGCGUUCAUCAUUAUCUUCCUAUGGACAGGCUGCGAUUGGUGAUGCCUCCUGCUAUGUUCGCUGCUCUGGAAGCGCCUAUGACUGCGCUGGCCCACGCCUUGUUCCCAGCAGCAGUUGCGAAUGGCAUCAUCGCCGGCGCCUUCACUUUUUACAUCGUAUAUGAUUGCAUGCAUUACGCGCUUCACCAUAGCAAACUGCCUAUCUAUGUGAAAGAGAUGAAGAAGUACCACCUCGCGCACCACUACAAGAACUUCGACCUCGGGUUCGGCGUGACGAGCAAGAUAUGGGACUACGUCUUCAACACCGUGCUACCUAUUUGA